UCGCCAACUGCAUUUUCAUCUCUAUGCAUGUAUGUAUUAACUAACAUCCACCAAAACACAACAUAACCAUAAUUCAUCAUCAAAUUAACUUUUUCAAAUUUCACCAUGGCUUUGUUUGCUACGAGGUACUGCUGGCGAUCGGUUUCUAGGUGCAGCCAACAAGCCUCUAUUUCCUCAACCACCACCAAGUAUGGUCCCAACACGAAUACGAGCACGACGGCCAAUAAGCUUAAGUCGAGCGCCGACAUGUUCCCGAUAUAUAUUUUGCUUGGAUUCACAGGCGGAGCAGUGUUCCUUGCGGUGAGGAGCGUUACGCAGCAGCUGUUUCACCACCCUGGUGUGCAGGUUAACAAGACCAACAGAAGCAUGAUGCCCGAGGUCGACACUCCAGAUAUCGCCCUGGCUUCCGGAGACAAGUUCAUGAACCGAUCCGUCCUUAGGAAAGUGGGUCACAUUCAGAAACGUGAUGACACGGUGUCCAUGGAUCGUGCCCCUGACGCCUCCACAAUCCACCGGGCUAGUGACUCUACCAACCUGAAAACGGUGGGAGUGGACCCUAGAGCUAAUCGCGGUUGAUCUUGCGUCCAUUAUACGACAGGUGUUUGUGGCUGGAUCGAAGGCCAAUCUCCUAAAAUAAGAUUAUGUCGCUAUGUACUAACCAUCCAUGUUUCAUGUUGCUUCCAUGACCUUAUCAUAUUUUUUCAUAAUUAUUAUUGCUACAUCACCUUUUUUAUGUAUAUAUAUGGUACUGAUCUUAAUGAGCC